AUGGACGGAGUCGACGAUUGUGAGGAAGGGGAAGGGUGGUCCGAGAUGGUCAAGGCCAUCGAUGCUCCUGACGCACCUCUGGCACGACUCUCGGCCUUCCUGAGAAUUGCCCAGUCCAAACUCCAACCGAAAAGAGGUAUCAAGAAGGUCGCAUCCUCUCUUGCUUGGCCCUUUGCUGAGAACGAGGUCGAUAGGUUGCUUGCGGCGAUAGAGCGUGAGAAGGCACUGCUAGGGCUGGCACUGAACGUCAACUGCCUGCAGCUGAUCCAAGAGAUCAGAAAGACGUCCAAAGAAAACCAACGGCAACUCGAGGAGCUUCUCGAGGCUUUCAAGGGUAGUUGCGAUGAAACUAGACCUCCCGAUCGAGAGAUCUCAAGUGGUUUGCGACGCGUUGAGGAGUCGCAGAACACCCUCGGAGAUCAGUUACACGGGCUGCAGACUCGGCACAAUGAUCACGACGCUGCAAAGAAGCGCAAAGCCGUCCUUGAAUGGCUGGCCCCGGUUGAUUAUGCUAUCCGACAUAGUGCUUUUGUCAAGCGUCAGCAAGAGAGAACUGGGACAUGGGUCCUGCAGUCUGAUGAAUUCAAAAGAUGGACCGAGGACCGACUUGAAAGCACUUUGUUCUGUCCAGGUAUCCCAGGAGCGGGGAAAACUAUCAUGACAUCGAUCGUGGUGCAGAAUAUUGUUACUCGCCACAGGGAUGACACCGAGACGGCCAUCGCCUACAUCUAUCUCGACUACCUGCGUCAGAAUGAGCAGGGAAUCGAGGAUUUGCUCUCAAAUAUCUUGAAGCAGCUGAGCGAGUACCGAUCCUCGACGCCGAGUGAACUUGACGAGCUCCAUAAGAAGCACACCGUCACUCACAGGGGAACGCGGCCGUCAUUGCAGGAAAUUUCGAGUGUGCUCCAGAGUGUUAUUGUGUCAAACCUCAGAACGUUUAUUGUCAUUGACGCGCUCGACGAGUGCGAUAAUUCUGACGGCUCUCGGUCUCGACUUCUCCAUGAACUCAAGAACCUCCGACAAAAGUCUGGUGUCAAACUCUUUGCGACCUCGAGGCAUAUCCCUGAGAUUGCCGCAGAGUUUCAAGGAUGCACCACCCUGGAAAUCCGGGCCUCUGACCACGAUAUCCUCGCCUAUCUGGAAGGUCGUGCUUUGGAGUUACCAAAAUGCGCAUCACGCAGCCCCAGCUUGAAGGAAGAGAUCAAGCUGGGCAUCCUACGAGCCGCUGACGGAAUGUUUCUUCUUGCACGACUCAACCUUGACUCUCUCAAAGGCAAGAAAUCAGCAACGGCCGUCCGCGCCGCAUUGAAAGACCUGCCGGGAGGCUCGCAGGCAUACCACCGCGCCUACGAUGCUGCCAUGGAACGAAUCGAGGGGCAGCUUGCCGACCACGCAGAGACUGCAAAACAGGUCCUCUCCUGGAUCACUUUUGCGAAAAGGCCACUGCGGGCAGAGGAACUCGAGGAUGCUAUCGCCGUAAUUGAUGGGCAGAUGAGCUUCGACUUUGAAAACAUCUGUCCAGUGGAAGAUCUCCUCUCGACCUGCGCGGGCCUCGUCACAGUUGACGAGAAGACCCAAGCCGUGCUGAUGUAG